GCCACUUUGCUUGUCACGUGACAGGUUUACAACCGUUUAAAAUGGCGACCUCCUAUGUUUGGAAUAGCUUUAACAGGUUCUCGAACCUGAAGAAAAACAUCAUAAAAUGUCAGCCAAUUCUUUGGAAUCACAUUUUACAGCGGCACAUUAGCUAUGGCGGUCGAUUACAGGGCGAUACAGUGCGGAUUGGAUGUGCAUCGGGGUUCUGGGGAGAUACAAUGACAUCGACCCCUCAGCUUCUCCACAAAGGCAAGAUAGAUUACCUGGUCUUGGACUACCUCUCAGAGAUAACCAUGUCCUUACUGGCAGCUAUGAAGAGAAAAGACAAUGCAGCUGGUUACACACCUGACUUUGUACAGACAGUGAUUUCUCCACACAUAAAAAUUAUACAGAAAAAAGGUGUCAAAGUUAUCGCCAAUGCUGGAGGGGUGAAUCCUACAGCCUGCGCUCUAGCAUUGAAAGCCAUCUGUGAACAGGCCAAUGUUCAUCUCAAUAUUGCUGUGGUCAGCGGAGAUGACCUCAUGGAUCAGGCAGCAGAUCUUCUGAAUUCAGGAGUCACAGAAAUGUAUAGUGGAAUCACCAUGCCAAAGACAGUCACCAGCAUCAAUGCAUACUUUGGUGCUGGUCCUAUAGCUCGAGCGUUAGACCUUGGUGCAGAUAUUGUAGUGACAGGGAGGUGUGUUGACAGCGCUCUCGUACUGGGGCCACUCCUUCACAAGUUCAAAUGGAGUUUUGAUGAUUUUGAAAGAUUUUCGCAAGCAAGUUUGGCUGGUCACCUCAUUGAGUGUGGUGCACAGGUGACAGGUGGCAUUUUCACAGACUGGCACACUGUACCAGACUGGUCGAACAUAGGGUUCCCAAUUGUUGAGUGUGCAGCAGACGGCAGUUUUGUUGUUACUAAACCACCUGGUACUGGGGGUCUGGUUUCCAAGGGAACAGUUUCCGAGCAACUUCUGUAUGAGAUAGGUGACCCAGCCUGCUAUGAGUUGCCAGACGUUAAUGCUGACUUCAGUCAGGUCACCUUGGAAGAGGUAAAAGGUGUGCAGGACGCAGUGUUUGUGACAGGAGCUAAAGGCAUGCCACCGUCCUCAAAAUACAAGGUGAGUGCUACCUAUGCUGAUGGUUACAGACUGACCGCAGUGUGCUUUGUGAGGGGUCCAAGGUCGAAGCUCAAGGCCAUACGGACAGCUGAGGAGAUCAUAAAAAGAUGCCGCACUAUCUUCACAAGUCUUGGUUUGGCUGACUUCACCAAGGUGAACAUUGAGGCAAUAGGCUCAGAGAACAACUAUGGCCCUCUAUCAGCUCUGCCACAGGGUACUAGGGAAUGUGCCUUGUGGUUGGCAGUGCAUCAUCAGGACCAAAAAGCACUGAAUAUAAUGGCAAGAGAAAUUGCUCCUGCCGGUACUGGAAUGGCUCCUGGUCUGACUGCAAUUGUAGGAGGGCGUCCCAAAGUGUCACCAGUCUUGAAGUUGUUCUCGUUUCUGCAUGACAAAGACACGUUUAAGAUAGACAUUUCCAUGAAUGGAGAACAUCUGGAAACCUACACCCCAGCAAAAACAGUCUCACAGUCCAACAAAUGUUCGAGACCUGCUCAGUUGAUUGCGUCCAUUUCUAACGCAUGCAAGGGCUCGCACUCUUACAGACUUGAGGACCUUGCAUACACCAGAAGUGGAGACAAGGGGAAUAACUGUAAUAUUGGUGUUGUAGCCAGACACCCUGCCUAUCUGCCGUACUUGAAGGCUGCUCUGACAGAACAGUCUUUGGCCCAGUACUUUUCACACCUCAUGGAGGAUACAGACUGGGCCAAGAAAGUCACAAGGUAUGACUGUCCAGGCAUCCAUGCUCUAAACUUUGUGCUUCACAACUCCCUUGGUGGAGGUGGUAUUGCCUCUCUACGCAGUGACCCACAGGGAAAGGCCUAUGGCCAGAUGCUGUUGGAUUUUCAACUCCACAACAUGCCAUCACUGGAAGACCUCAGGACAUAACAGCAGAGCCAUGUGCUAAUGGGCAAAGAAUUGUUUUACCAUGUUUAAGGAACUGAAUAUUCUACCAUUUUAGAUUUGCAUUUGUUUAGUUCUCUAGACGUGAAAUCUACAAUUGGUCAUUCAUUAAAAUGUAUGUUUUGGUACAUCAUCCCUACUCUGAAUGUCUGUAUACAUGCUGUGGUACAUGUUGUCACAAUGUCUGUAUACAUGCUGUGGUACAUGUUGUCACAAUGUAUACAUGCUGUGGUACAUGUUGUCACAAUGUCUGUAUACAUGCUGUGGUACAUGUUGUCACAAUGUCUGUAUACAUGCUGUGGUACAUGUUGUCACAAUGUCUGUAUACAUGCUGUGGUACAUGUUGUCACAAUGUCUGUAUACAUGCUGUGGUACAUGUUGUCACAAUGUCUGUAUACAUGCUGUGGUACAUGUUGUCACAAUGUCUGUAUACAUGCUGUGGUACAUGUUGUCACAAUGUCUGUAUACAUGCUGUGGUACAUGUUGUCACAGUUAAAUAAGAUGUAUAUGAGCCUCACUUUGGGAAAACAGGGUUAAAUGCAUGUGCGUUAAGUGUCUUCCCAAGGGAUGAAAUAUUGCACCAAAAAUGGAUUUUUGCAUAGAAGAGACUUUCUUUAACUAAAAAUACCAUAAAAAAGAAAGUUGUGCCCUUUAACGACUACACAGGAAAGAACUAAUGACAUUUUUAUGCACAUGCAUAAAGCCCAAUGUUUACACAAUGAGGCUUAAAAUUCUGUCGUCAAGCAAAUUCUUAUCGAGAUAAGCAAAUCAUAUUUGUACUGCUAAUUACAGUGGUUCUACUCAA